AUGUACUUCAUCUGGGUCCGUGAUACGCUUACAAUUUCGACAGCUUGCCUGAACGCGAAAGAUGCCAAGCGGUCCGCUAACGAGAGAUGGCGCGAUAUUCUGGAGGAACUCAACAGGCUGAAGCCACCCCCUGCAUCAUCUUGCUCCAAAACGAGCACUACCAGGUCGACAGGUAACGCAGGGACAACAGGAUCUACUACGACGAGGCAAUCACGUCCCCCUCCACCGACCCAAGCAAAGAAGAGCAACCUUAUUUUGUGCAGUGACGAUGAAAUGGAUGACGACGAUGAUGACUAUUCAGAUGGAGGAUUUGAUGACGACGACGACUGGGAUCCGUCAGCAGUAAAAACAGCAUCUCAACCCCCCGCUGUAUCGGAACGAGAAGCGGCAUUUACCAGAGAAAUGGGAAAACGGUAUGCAGAAGAGUCCGAAAGCGGUACUUCAGAUGAUGCAAAGUUUCGCGCUGCGAUCAGAAGCUUGUUCACCCCGACGGACGAAUUGUGUGCUGGUAUAAAUCGAUUAAGAGGAUCGCUGAAGUAUCGCGGGGCUGAGCACACAAGGAUCGUGCCUAAUGUCGCGGCAAACAUUAGGAUGGAGCGCUUGCGCGAAGGCAUCUUCGAAGUUCUCGUUGAUGUCAAUGAUGUCAUUCGCUUCAAGGCGUCGAAAACGGCAAAGCCUGAUGCGUGCAAUGCAGCGGUUGAUGGUAUGCUAGGCAAGCUGAAUAGGAUCCGAUCGAUCUGGGCCCAGCUGUUGCAUUUUUUGGACAACAAAUCUCUGGCAAACGUUUCGCAUGUGGAUUCCUUCCAAGCGCUAAAGUUAUCGGGCAUCGCUAGUGUACGUUGCUUUCUUUGUGCCGGUUGA